AUGAUUGACCCACAGGACAGAUUCUUCUCAGAGGGUCAGGGCUAUUUUGGCGCGAGGGAAAACCCUGCAACCAAAACUCAUUGCGACGUCUGGGACUGGGAUCAGCUGCGAUUGAUCAAAGUUAAAGGAACUGCUAAACUUUUCCCGCCCGAAGAAGAUAUUGUGACUUCAAUUAUUGCGCAAUUUGCCGAUGACCUUUCCCCAGAGGUUCGUGCAAUCACGGUCGACGAUGACGGGCUUCUUACUGGAGUUUCGACAGACCCGGAAGAAGAUGAUACAUUCUUUGUUGGAUAUAUUCCCUUCUCAAUCUGUCAGUCACUUGCAGAUUGCCCUAAUAUCUACUUCUCCCAACUUCGAGAGCUCGAUCGACUUGGACCGGGUGUCGAUCUUAUGUCGUAUGAUGAUCACACAGUCGCGUUCAAAUUCAACCCUCUAGGUAUGCCUCGAAGACUACAAAUGUCCUGGAAAGAGAUAAACCUGCUCAGCAAACUGCCGCCACAUCCUAACAUAAUACCGUUCGACCGCAUCGUUCUCGAGGAUGUGGAGUCUCAAGUAAUUGGAUUCACAACAAAGUACAUCCCAGAUGGAACACUAGCCGACGUCGAUUCAAAAAGGCCUUUCCGAUUUGAAUGGCUACAGCAGCUCACUCAGGUAGUGGAUUUUCUGAACCUAGAAUUAGGGAUCAUGCAUCAAGACAUUGCACCACGGAAUUUGCUUGUCGACCCCGAGACAGACAAGAUUAUUCUCUUCGAUUUCGAUUGGGCCGCCAAUGGGAAGGAAGGUCUACUGGAUAGUCGAGACGAUGUGUCUGGUGUUGUGUUCACGCUAUACGAGAUCAUCACCAACGAUACUCAUCUCACGAGCAUUCCUCACUGGGACCGAAAUACGGACAUGAUACAGAAUAUUGAAUGGACUUGUCGCCGCGAGCUAAACUCUGAUGUAUCAAAGUUUCGCAAGUUUCUGAAUGAGUGGAUAGCGACAAGAACCGACAGAGCCACAGAACGGUAUUUGAAUGCACCCAAGCGGCUUACAUGGUCGGAUCUCCCAACUCCUCCAGACUACAGUGUGCCCUUUGAGCUGGGUCGGACAAAGGAAGGGGAAACUCUUUGGCGAACGGGUGCGCGUUCGAGACGCAUUGCACUAGAGAAGGGGCAAUACUGCUUUCGGUGGGAAAGGCCACCACAAAGCAGGUUAUUGGAGAAAACAAAAAUGGCAUGUAGUAGCUGA